UAAAUGUCUCCGCACUCAUUCGGUGUUAACUACCGCUGCUACCACAUCCUUUCCAAACUCCUUUUCCUCGUGCCGCGACUUUCAAUCUCUUCUCGGCUUCAAAUCUCUGCUCUUCCCAUGUCUCACCGGCCCAAUUUCCAAGGCGGUCGCCGGGGAGGCCCCAACUCCGGGAGAAGAGGUGGAGGCCGCCGUGGUGGUGGCGGAGGAGGCCGCGGUGGGGGACGCGGGGAGCAGCGGUGGUGGGACCCUGCCUGGCGAGCUGAGCGCCUGAGACAGAAUGAAGCCGAGAUGGAAGUUCUUGAUGAGAAUGAAUGGUGGAGUAAGAUGGAGCAGAUGAAAAGAGGAGGGGAGCAGGAGAUGAUAAUUAAGCAUAAUUACAGUCGUGCGGACCAGCAAACCCUAUUUGACAUGGCUUAUCAGCUGGGGCUUUACUUCCAUGCAUACAAUAAAGGGAAGGCUCUUGUUGUCAGCAAAGUUCCAUUGCCAGAUUACAGGACAGAUCUUGAUGAACGUCAUGGAUCCACACAGAAAGAGAUCCGAAUGUCCUCAGAUAUUGAGAGGAGAGUUGGCAGUCUUUUGAAUAGUUCAGAGUCUCAGCAGGCAGUGCCUAUUAAUGAUUCUUCUGGGACACCCGCUCGAGCAGGCAAUAAAUCAUCAGCUGGUGGCAAUGUAGGAAAGUCUGACUCUUUGUUGGAUAUUGAUUCUGCUAAGGAGAAGUUCAGUCUCGAACUUAAGCAAAGGCAAGAAAACAUGAAGGCAAGUAAUUCUUUAAGGGCAAUGCUAUCAUUCAGAGAAAAGCUUCCUGCAUUCAAAGUGAAAUCUGAGUUUCUGAAAGCUGUUGCAGAAAACCAGGUAUUGGUAGUUUCAGGGGAGACAGGCUGUGGCAAAACAACUCAGCUCCCUCAGUUUAUUCUAGAAGAUGAAAUAUUCUGUCUGCGUGGUGCUGAUUGCAGCAUAAUGUGCACCCAACCCCGUCGUAUAUCAGCUAUUUCUGUUGCAGCUCGUAUAGCUUCCGAAAGGGGGGAGAGUCUUGGUGAAACUGUUGGCUAUCAGAUCCGCCUAGAGGCAAAGCGCUCUGCUCAAACACGGUUGCUAUUUUGUACCACUGGAGUAUUACUUCGACAGUUGGUUCAGGAUCCAGAGUUAACUGGUGUGAGCCAUCUGCUAGUGGAUGAAAUCCAUGAAAGAGGCAUGAAUGAAGACUUUUUAUUAAUAAUUCUGAAUGACCUUCUUCCUCGCCGUCCAGAUUUACGUCUUAUUCUAAUGAGUGCUACCAUCAAUGCCGACUUGUUCUCCAAAUAUUUUGGGAAUGCCCCAAUUAUACAUAUACUGGAAUUGACUUUCCCUGUGGCUGAGUUUUUCCUAGAGGAUGUGUUGGAGAAAACUCGUUAUAAUAUCAAGUCAGAGUUUGACAACGUUGAGGGGAAUUCGAGGAGAAGGAGACAGCAAGAUUCUAAGAAGGAUCCUUUAAUGGAAUUAUUUGAGGAUGUUAAUAUUGAUUCUUACUACAAAAAUUUUAGUACAUCUACAAGAAAGUCUCUUGAAGCUUGGUCUGGUUCACAGCUUGAUUUGGGCCUGGUGGAAGCAACAAUUGAAUAUAUUUGUCGCCAUGAAGGUGAUGGAGCUAUUCUUGUAUUCCUUAUGGGCUGGGACGACAUUUCCAAGUUACUUGACAAAGUUAAAGGAAACAGCUUCCUUGGUGAUCCCAGCAAGUUUCUUGUCCUUCCCCUACAUGGUUCAAUGCCCACCCUUAACCAACGUGAGAUAUUUGAUCGCCCUCCCCCUAACAAGAGGAAAAUUGUGCUGGCAACAAAUAUUGCAGAAAGUAGUAUCACUAUAGAUGAUGUUGUGCAUGUCAUAGACUGUGGAAAGGCAAAGGAAACUAGUUAUGAUGCUCUGAACAAACUGGCUUGUCUGUUACCAUCAUGGAUAUCUAAGGCUUCUGCGCAUCAGAGAAGAGGUCGUGCUGGCCGUGUGCAACCUGGAAUUUGUUAUAGACUGUAUCCCAAAAUGAUCCAUGAUGCAAUGGUUCAGUAUCAGUUGCCUGAAAUUCUCAGAACACCUUUGCAAGAGCUCUGCCUGCAUAUCAAAAGUUUGCAGCUUGGAACUGUUGGAUCAUUUUUGGCAAAAGCACUUCAGCCACCAGAUACUCUUGCUGUGCAAAAUGCAAUUGAACUUCUUAAAACAAUUGGAGCCGUAGAUGAUAUGGAGGAGCUUACGCCACUUGGUUGCCAUCUUUGCACUCUACCGUUGGACCCAAAUAUCGGGAAGAUGCUUCUUAUGGGAUCUAUCUUUCAAUGCCUCAAUCCUGCCUUAACAAUUGCAGCUGCACUUGCACAUCGUGACCCAUUUAUCCUACCAAUAAAUAGGAAAGAGGAAGCUGAUGCAGCAAAAAGAUACUUUGCUGGUGAUUCUUGCAGUGACCACAUAGCACUUCUUAAAGCUUUUGAAGGAUGGAAGGAUGCAAAACGUAAAGGAAAGGAAAGAGCAUUCUGUUGGGCUAACUUCUUAUCCCCAGUAACCUUGCAGAUGAUGGAGGAUAUGAGAAUGCAGUUUCUAGAUCUAUUAUCAGACAUUGGUUUUGUAGACAAAUCAAGGGGUCCUAAUGCUUACAAUCAAUACAGCCAUGAUUUAGAGAUGGUCUGUGCAAUCCUUUGUGCUGGACUCUACCCAAACGUAGUGCAGUGCCAAAGAAGAGGAAAGCGAACGGCAUUCUACACUAAAGAAGUCGGGAAAGUUGACAUCCAUCCUGCAUCUGUCAAUGCAGGGGUUCAUCAAUUCCCUCUGCCUUACAUGGUUUACAGUGAAAAAGUGAAAACGACCAGUAUCUAUGUCCGAGAUUCCACAAAUAUAUCAGAUUAUGCUCUACUUCUUUUCGGUGGUAAUCUCAUCCCUAGCAAAACUGGGGAGGGCAUUGAGAUGCUUGGUGGUUACCUACAUUUCUCUGCAUCAAAAAGCGUUCUAGAGUUAAUACGGAAAUUGCGUGGUGAACUCGAUAAGCUUCUGAAUAAAAAGAUCGAGGAACCAGGGUUUGACAUUUCUAUGGAGGGAAAAGGAGUAGUUGCUGCUGCGGUUGAAUUAUUGCACAGUCACAACGUAUGAUACUAAAUUCGGAUCAUUUUCCAAAACUAACACCGUUAAAUCUGAGUCAUAUUCUUCUUCUUCUUCUUCUUUUCUUCUAGAAUUAGAAAGUCCAAUGCAACAUAAAAGGCAGAUUCUGCCGCCGAUAGUUUUGGGCAUUAGGAUAUAUAUGAAUUUGUUCGGUCGCUGUGAUACUGAUUCGUUUUUUUUUUUUGGGUUUAUGUACCCAAGAUUGCGUGGAACAUGUUUUAGGGAUCUCCGUUUGUAUUAUCUAUAAUAUUUAUACAGGUUGCAAGAUUUUCAA